CGCUCCCCACCUUCCCUGCCGGGCCCUCUCCCUUCCCCGGCGCACCCGACGACACCGAGAACCUGCGGGUGACGGGAAACCCGCUCCGUUACCCCAGACCCGCCCUGGCCCCUCCUGACCUCGCUCAGCACCGAGCCUGCACCUGUGGGAAGAGCAUUUCCGGUCGCUUCGGUGCGGAUUAGUUUGAUCACGGGCCCUUGGGGUGCGCCAGAGACUGCUGUGAGUUCCAAAUACUUCAUCCCAGACCGGCGCGACUGCCCUGGAUGAGUCUUCUUGCUCUUCACCUAUGUCUUCUGAGGAAACACUGUGCACUUUAAUCUCCUGUCUGUGCCAUCAGGCCAACUGAAGACAGGGUUUCAAAAUCUCAGCUAUAAAGAUAAUAUCCAGCCAAAGUCUCAAUCCUGCCUUAACAAUGUUUCAGAGACUGAAUAAAAUGUUCGGAGGUGAAGUCACUACUGCUUCCAGCCAAGAACCAGAAUUUAGUGAGAAAGAAGAUGAUGAGUGGAUUCUUGUUGACUUCAUAGAUACUUGCACUGGUUUCUCAGCCGAGGAAGAGGAGGAAGAUGAUGACAUCAGUGAAGAGUCCCCAGCAGAGCACACUUCAGUCUUCUCCUGUUUACCUGCAUCUUUGGAGUGCUUGGCUGAUACCAGUGAUUCCUGCUUCCUCCAGUUUGAGUCCUGUCCAAUGGAGGAGAGCUGGUUCAUUACCCCUCCCCCAUGUUUUACAGCAGGUGGAUUAACCACUAUCAAGGUGGAAACAAGUCCUAUGGAAAACCUUCUCAUUGAACACCCCAGCAUGUCUGUCUAUGCUUUGCACAACUCCUGUCCUGGUCUCAGUGAGGCCAGCUGUGGGAAUGAAGAAUAUAACCCAAGUGGUCCCAGAAUGGAAGCACACAGUGAGGUGGGGAAGCACAUUCACUGCUGUGUUGCAGCGUUUGCUGCUCAGGCAACAUUUUUGGAACAACACAAGAGCUUCCGUCCUUCCCAGUGGAUAAGAGGACACACUGAAAGACAGCCUCUGAACAGAAAUGGCCUUCGUCGCCAGAACCUUGCCAGGGAUUGCCACACUCGACAAACGAAGCAUAGCGGCUGGGUGCUUCACCAGCCCUGCCCACGCCAGUACAGUUACUGAGA